GGGAUUAGCAGGGAUUCAAUCCUGGCAGAAAAUCCAUCUAGCAUUCCUGGAAUGGGUGUCUUUCCACUGACUUGGGACUGAACUGUUUGCCACUACAAACUGGGACCAGUUAACCUGGGAUUUCUACAGCAACAGGAAAAACAACAGACACUUAAUGCAGAUGGCAACCUGCAAAGUUAUUAAGCCAACUUGCCACCUUCUGCAAUUUUAACCUGUGGUAUUAAGGGACUAUUUGCUGGGAUGCACAUACCUUGCAAGAUGUUCAGCAUAAGCAUCCCAAGUGGCCAUACUUCCAUUUUAUGGUGUGAAUCAGCACCACUGAGCAGUUAUUUUUUGGCCAAACCACUGAGAUAUUUUGCUAACACAGGGGAAGAGUGUAUUCUUCUCAUCCAUCAUUGGUCUUUUUUUUUUUUUGAUCUACACUGCGCCACCCGAGAGCCAUGAGUUUUCCAGAACUUCUGGACCACAUUGGUGGCAUGGGACGCUUCCAAGUCAUGCAUGUGGCAUUCCUGGCCAUCCCGCUCUUAAUGCUGGCCAGCCAUAACCUCCUGCAGAACUUCACUGCUGAGAUCCCAGAGCAUCACUGUCAAGUGAGCAUCCUGGCCAACUACACCCAUCAUGCCAAUCUCACAGCCAACCUACCUGCUGAAGAUCUGUUCUGGGUCUCCAUUCCCAUGGACAGGAGCCAGAAGCCGGAGAAGUGCCAGCGGUUUGUCACCACCCAGUGGCAGCUCCUAAACCCAAAUGCCACAAGCACCAACACCAUAGAACUGGACAUUGAGACGUGUGUAGACGGGUGGACCUAUGAUAAGAGCCUGUUCACUGACACCAUUAUAACUGAGUGGGAUUUGGUGUGUGAGUCCAGGACACUCCGGCAAAUGGUGCAGUCGCUCUACAUGGCUGGUGUGCAGGUUUGGCUGGAAAGCCCUCCUGAUCUGGUGCUACCUGCAAAUGGCGGUAACAGGCAUCUGUGCUGCUUUCUCCCCCAACUUCACCACAUACUGCGUCUUCCGCUUCCUCACCGGCCUGGCCAUUUCCGGCAUCUCGGUCAAUUCUGUCUCGCUGUGUAAGUAGGCGCUUCAGGUCUGAAUGAUCCCAGCAGACUAAGGAGCAGAGGCAAGUUACUCUCCAGUCAAUCUUAUAAAGGUGCCUCUGAUAGCACCGGACACCUGGUGUCUGCUCCUGGGAGAACCAGGACAGAAGAAAAUUCACCCUGUGUAGUGGGCCCAGGACAAGCGUAUGCGCCACUUUUGUUUGGUCAGUUGAAAUAUUUUGUUUAUCUUUCAACUAUAUUGUAUUUUCCAAACAUUUUUUACUAUACUUAGCUCAAAUUUCUAAACAAAAAGUCAUUUUACACUGAAAAACUGAAAUUUGUUAUCUCCAAUUUUUCAUCUUCAAAUCUUUUUUCUUAAAAUGUUUUAGAGUCAAGACAUUUGUCAAAAAUGACACUUUCCUGCAGAACAUUUCCUGCAAAAACCUUUGGCUAAAAUUUUUCUGACCAACGCUAAUUACAACCCUCCCUUUGGUCUGUCUUGUCUAUUUAGAUUGUCAGCACUUUGGGACAGGGAUGGCUCGCACUAUGGGGUUGUACAAUCCCUGGCACAACGGGCCCCAAUCUCAGCUGGGUAUAUCCAGUUGGUAUUUUAAGAAUAGUGACAACUCAGGACUAGGGUGACCAGAUGUCCCCAUUUUAUAGGGACAGUUCCAAUUUUUUGGUAUUUUUCUUAUAAAGGCUCCUAUGACCCCCCACCCUGUCCCGAUUUUUCACAUUUGCUGUCUGAUCACCUUACUCAGGACAGAGGCGGGUUUGUGGUGUCUCAGCUAAAUCUGGAUCCUUUUUAGUUAUAGUUAAUUUCUAGCCCUGUGGUGUGAAUAAUAUACUCACCCAAAGACAAUCUGGUUUAGCAGCUUGGAUCAGUGUGUUUGUCACCUCUGCACUGGAAGCAUUUAGCGCCGUAUCUAGCACAUUGCUUUCAGACUCUCUCCUUUUUGGACUUAAUCCAUGCAAAACAAAGUAAAAUUUUAACCAAGUGACCUGUUUAAAGCCUUAUAUAACCGCCCGAGGGAUAUAUAAACCCCACCUGCUUUUCCAGAGGGUAAAAUGCAAGGAUCAACGUGGAAUUAAGCUUGGCAAAACCAUUCCCUUAUUCGUCUACAGUUCAU